UGCUGUUGAUUGUCGAUUCUGGAAAAUAUUAGAAAGCAUUUAACGUUAUUAUUAAUUUAUUCGGGAAGCGGACGCUGGAAAUAGAGCGAGUCAAAAAACGCAAGUGAAAUUUCGAUUUCUUCCCGAGUUUCAAUUUUUUUCGAGAGCAAGCGAAAUCGUCGGGAAAAUUUUUUUUUUGUUCAUUGUUUUAUCUCCCUUAAUCUAGAAUAAUCUUACUAGCCAAUGAGUUACUGGUAGAAUCGCUGUGUUACCUCUUUUACCGCAUAGUCACCGGGACGAAAGGAUUAUUAACUUGCAUUUAGUGUGGCAUAACCAACUAAUACAGAGGACAACAGGAAACAAUGGACCCGGAGAAGUCAAGCAAUAGCUCGUUCGAGGAUCUGUCGAAUUUGAAUGAGGUUGAGACGAAAAUCACAGAAGGGAAGGAGCGCUCGGACAGCAUGGCGGGAGCUGACAGUUCCGCCUCCGCCGAGGAGGAAGUCCUCGAUAUUAUCGGCAACGGGCAGUUGUUGAAGAAAGUUAUUAAGGCGUCGGACUCAGAGUGCCAGCCGACUCGCGGUGAUCUUGUGCGCGUAACUUAUGUCGGGAAAUUAGAUGACGGCAUGGUCGUGGAGAAUGAAGUGGACUUUGAAAUCCAUGUUGGCGAUGUUGAGGUUGUCCAAGGUUUAGAUAUGGCCAUUCCAUUGAUGAAGGUUGGGGAGGUUGCUGAGGUGUCGGUCGAUUCCCGGUUUGCGUACGGUGCAUUAGGUUUAAAAAAUGAUCAAAAUCCAACUUUUUCAAUUCCUCCAAAUGCUAAGAUAACAUAUAAUAUAGAACUCCUGGAAUGUAAACAAGAAGAUGAGGCUGACCUUAAAUCCUUUGCUUUACGUAAGAAAAUGGGGAAUCGUAAACGGGAACGGGCAAACUUUUGGUACAAUCGCAACGAAUUCAACAUUGCAAUUCAAAUUUACAGGCGCGCUUUGGAAUAUUUAGAUGAUACUGACGGUGGGAUAUCUUUGGGUCACGAAAGUGAGCUAACCAAUGCUGAGCUACAAGAGUUGCUUGAGGAUCGAUUAGUUGUGUAUAAUAAUUUAGCAAUGGCACAAAUUAAAAUUUCAGCAUAUGACGCUGCAUUGAAGUCAGUUGAGCAUGUUUUGAGAUGUCAGCCGAACAAUUCUAAAGCGCUCUUUAGGAAAGGAAGGAUUUUGGACGCUAAAGGUGAUACAAAAGGAGCCAUUGCUCUUCUACAAAAAGCCGCAACAUUAGAGCCAGACAGUAAAUCCAUACAACAGGACUUAGCUAAACUCAUCAUAAAAUCCCGUAGAGAAGAGCGAAAUGAAAAGGAAAUGUAUCAGAAAAUGCUUGGACAGGCGAAAAAAUUUGAACAGAAAAAUAAAAAGUCUGAAAACAGUAGCAACGACAUUCCAAAGUUAAAACUUCUCGGAUAUCUGAUGGGUUCGAUUCUAAUAGGAGUGGCCGGCGUAGCAAUAUUAAAUCCUUAUAACAGGAAGAUGAUUUGGGAAUCAUUGCGAUCAGAUGCAAUAGUUGACUAUGUGCAAGUGAUUUUCGACAAGAAACAACAAAUUUCCAAAUAUUUAUAUAGUCUUUUGUAUCCGUCACGAUCAUAAAGAAUUAAGAUAAAUUUAAUAUGUACACAAUAGGGAUUUUAUUUGUACAUAUUUUUUGAUUUUCUUGAUUUGUUCAUUUGUCUUUUUUUUUGCGUUUUUGCGAAACCUUGGACGGCAUGAUUUGGGUUAUAAAAAAUUAUUUUGCUACUUUGACUGAAGCAACUUUGUUUUUCUUCUUUGAAAAAAGAUGGAUAUAUUUGAAUGCCUUUGAAGAGAUGAUAUUUUUGUGAUGAAUUCCCGAAUAUUAGCCAUUUGGAAAUAAAGUUUGAUGCAGAUAGA